UUGCUCUCCACAACUUCCCUUCUUCCUAUCAGUUAAUUGUAUUGUUUUGAUCUUAGCUAGUUUUGUGUUUCUUCAAUGGCGGAUACUGGAGGUUCUGUCUCUUCAAGGAGAAUGUGGUGUUCAGUGCCUGAAAGAUUCCAGCUGCACUUGGCCAUGUUGGCCUUGCAGUUUGGCUACGCUGGUUUCCAUGUUGUUUCUAGGGCUGCCCUUAAUAUGGGAGUUAGCAAGCUAGUUUUUCCAGUUUAUAGGAACAUCAUCGCUUUCCUUCUCCUUGUUCCAUUUGCUUAUUUUCUUGAAAAGAAGGAAAGACCAGCAAUUACUCUCAACUUCCUCAUUCAGUUCUUUCUUCUGGCGCUUGUAGGAAUAACUGCAAACCAAGGUUUCUACUUGCUGGGCUUGGACAACACCUCACCAACCUUCGCAUCAGCAAUUCAAAACUCCGUCCCGGCCAUUACCUUUCUUAUGGCAGCUUUGCUCCGGAUAGAGAAAGUGAGGUUAAACAGAAAAGACGGAAUAGCAAAAGUACUGGGAACUAUCUUCUGUGUAGCAGGGGCCUCAGUUAUCACUUUAUAUAAGGGUCCAGUCAUAUACGACCCAGCUCCCUCGCUACACAGACCCACACCCAUGUUUGUUUCUCUUGGAGAUGCUAAGGGCAAAAACUGGACCCUUGGUUGUAUCUAUUUGAUAGGCCAUUGCUUGUCCUGGUCGGGUUGGCUCGUGCUGCAGGCUCCGGUUCUCAAGAAAUAUCCGGCCAGGCUAUCUGUCACCUCUUAUACAUGCUUUUUUGGGCUUAUACAGUUCUUGAUCAUUGCUGCCUUUAUGGAGAGAGACCCACAGGCUUGGAUUUUUCACUCUGGGGGAGAACUCUUCACCAUCCUCUAUGCAGGAGUGGUGGCAUCAGGGAUUGCCUUCGCUGUACAGAUAUGGUGCAUUGACAGAGGUGGCCCUGUCUUCGUUGCUGUUUAUCAACCUGUUCAGACUCUUGUUGUCGCCAUCAUGGCUUCCAUUGCUUUAGCCGAAGAGUUCUAUCUCGGAGGGAUCAUCGGGGCAGUGCUGAUCAUUGUUGGGUUGUACCUUGUCCUCUGGGGCAAAAGCGAGGAAAAGAAGUUUGCAGCUAAAGAAAGUGCAGUGAUCCAGUCCACUCCAGAGCACGCUAAUCUCAGAUCACAAGCACACAUCAAGACUUCCCUCACUCAGCCACUGCUCCCUCCGUCAACGGAAAACGUUUGACCGACAAGACUCUGACCUUUCACUGGAUUGUUGGCUGGAGAGAAGAAAAUCUUAAAAAAAAAAAAACACUAUUUUAUCAAGAAUGUGUGUGUAUGAAGUUGUUCUAUUUCUUUUUUUUUUUUUUUCUUUCUUUUUUUAAUUUAUUUCUUCCCUUUGGGUUAGUAGGAGGUUGAAGAAGGGGAGAUUUUGAGGGGAAGAAAAUGAUUAUCACUGUAACCCCACUUUAUGCUUUUUAUAUCUUAAAAUAUGGUUUGUUUAAUUUUACAAAAA